AUGCGCUCAUCAUGGGUGAUCUCGUUUCUAGCCCUUGGUGCUAAUGCCCAAACAAUAUCAGAAUGUCCCCUUCUUGGGCCAGCAUUCCCGGCCCCAACUGCGCUGUCAAAAUCCGACAUCUUCCUCAGGGCGACCGAGAGUCUGACUUUACAGCUCAAGGAAGCGAUUGAUAAUGGAAGCCUCCCGUCGACGUCAUUUUCGGUGCAGGUUUUCAGCGGCCAAGAGAAUCAUUCGGCGUUUAGCUUUUCGCAUACAGAUGGUGGAGUUGUAAAUGGUUCAGUAGGUGUUCAAGAAGUGAACGAAGACAGCGUUUUUCGCAUUGGCAGCAUCUCAAAAUUGUGGACUAUGUUUCUUUACAUGACCUUGAAUGGAACAAAAUACUUCCAAGAUCCCGUGGCCCAAUACGUUCCUGAACUACGAACCAAUCACAAAGCGAAACAUACAAGAGAUGCAAUUGACUAUGUACAAUGGCACGACGUGACCAUCGGUGAGCUGGCCAGUCAUCAAGCCGGUAUUCUAAGAGACUAUGCAUUCGGAGAUCUUGGGUUGCAGUGGACUGCCCUCCAAGCGCAAGGAUUUCCUCCCCUUCCAAAAUCUGACCAGCUUACCUGUGAAAGUGCCUAUGCAUGUGGUAGAAAACAGUUUUUUGACGGCGUGUUCAGAGCGCGUCCCCUCGCUGCAACCUCUCAUACGCCGCUAUACUCUAACGCAGGCUACCAAAUUCUUGGAUACGCAUUGGAAGCAAUUGCCAAGGCCGACUAUGAAGACAUCUUAAUUGAUCGUCUGAUUAAGCCACUCAACCUAACCCGGUCUGGUCUUCAACCUCAGCCGCAAUUUGGGGUGAUUCCCUCCAACGAGACGUACAGCUGGUUCAACUAUACGGUUGGUGAUGAAAACCCGGCCGGAGGAGUGUUCUCAUCCUCAAAAGACAUGGCUACUGUCGGUCGGGCUAUCCUUUCAAGUGCUCUGGUUGACCCAGCUAUCACAAGAAGAUGGUUAAAGCCAGCAACGCAUACCUCAUCCCUACAGCACUCAGUUGGAGCACCAUGGGAGAUUUAUUCUUUCACAACUGACAGUCGUCGAGUUGAUCUAUAUAGCAAAGCUGGGGACAUUGGGGUGUACUCAAGCUUUAUAGGUCUUUCCCCGGACUACAAUGCUGGCUUCACCGUUCUGCUUGCUGGUGAUAGCAACCCGCACCAGAUGACAGCGACAGUUGCCGAAAUGAUUGCAGAUCUUGUGCUCCCAACACUUGAGGAAGUUGCCAGAAUUCAAGCGUCUCAACGAUUUGCGGGGACAUAUUCUCUGUCGCGUGAUGGUUCGAACUCUUCGAUUACCAUCACGGCUGAUGAUGGCCCUGGGCUGAAAAUCACAGAGUGGAUCAGCAACUCUGUUGACAUGUUUGAAACCUUGAUGGCUUUGGAAAAGAUGACAGAUCGUACGGCGCUAAGUAUCCGUCUACAACCAAAUGGUCUACAGACAGCAGGACGAACCUCAUUCUCAGCCGUUAUCCACGCUGCCAGUUCGGCAUCAAAUGCUGGACCUAUCCUCAGUUCUUGUUUGUCCUGGAUUCUCCUUGAUUCAUUUGUAUACGGCAACAUUGGCCUCACGGAGUUCGAGUUCGAACUGGAUGACAACGGAGAUGCUGCCGCUAUAUCUCCCCGCGCGCUGCGCAUUACUAUCCCUAGGGUUUAG